GCUGACGCACCUUUUAGCUGGUUUGCCAACCGCAAAAAUCCCCCCAAAAGAAGCCGUCAUGUUGUUAGUUUGAGGCUUCUGCUGGUUUGGGGGAUGCAGUGGUUGGUUAGUUGAACUCUGGAGUCCUGUACCAACUUAAAUCCGCAGAAUGAUGAAGGGAAAGACGGUUAUUGUGACCGGUGCUAACAGCGGGAUAGGAAAGGCCACAGCAGCCGGCAUUGUGAAGCUCCAGGGUCGUGUAAUAAUGGCCUGCCGAGACUUGGACAAGGCUGAGGAGGCAGCUCGGGACAUCCAGCAAGGCACCGGUGCAGAAAGUACACAGCUGGUGGUCAAACAGCUGGACCUCGCUUCACUGACAUCUGUACGCGCAUUCUGUGAAGACAUAAUCAAGGAGGAACCUCGGCUAGAUGUGCUGAUCAACAAUGCCGGUAUCUACCAGUGUCCUUACACCAGGACAGAGGAUGGCUUUGAGAUGCAGUUUGGAGUCAACCACCUGGGACAUUUCCUGCUCACCCAUUUGUUGCUGGACCUUCUGAAACGAUCAGCUCCUAGCCGCAUAGUGGUGGUCUCUUCCAAGCUCUAUAAACACGGUUACAUAAAUUUCGAGGACCUAAGCAGCGAGAAGUCGUAUGACAAAGCUUUUGCCUACAGUCGCAGCAAACUAGCCAACCUUUUGUUCACCUGUGAGCUUGCCCGUCGCCUGGAGGGCAGCGGAGUGACAGCGAAUGCUGUAACUCCGGGCAUAGUGAGGACUAAUCUGGGGAGGCACGUUCACAUCGCUGUGUUUGUUAGGCCGCUUUUUGACCUGCUGUCCCGAAGCUUGUUUAGGAGCCCCGAAGAAGGAGCUCAGACAUCCGUCUAUGUAGCUUCUAGCCCGGAUGUUGACAAUGUGCAAGGAAAGUGCUUUGCAGAUUGUCAGCCUCAGGUUCUUUUGGACAAAGCCACGGAUCAGGAACUGGCCGCUAAAUUGUGGGACAUUAGUGAAGUCAUGGUGGGGAUAAUCACAUGAGAUCAGCGUGAAUUUUGAGACUUAAAAAUCAAUUAUCUAAUAACCAUUUAUUAACCAAAGUCUUUCUAGAGAGCACAAAGGUAAACAGGGCAGAGCAAAUCCAAAGCCAUGUUUUCCAGAAUUAAGACUUUUGUUUGUCCUAAGUGUCAUAUGUUCAAGUCUCAUGGUACCAUACUUUCCCAGUAGAGCACGUUGCUCUCAGACUGCUUUACUUGUGUCUCUUAGAAAUGUCAAAAGUAGAACGGGAGCAGAGCGUUCGUGUCUGUGGAACCUGCUCCCAGUCUCGGAGCGGUUAAAUUUUUAGUUAAUGCUUGUAAUGAGGGCCGCGGCAGAACCGUCCCUCAGUUUUGCUGAUGUAGAGCUGAAAGUGAAACUGUGGGUUCAGGAUUCUUUGGAACUUCCCAUGAACUCAACAUUUCUCAUUUACGCUCCUCGUUGUUUUGCUCCUGAUGUAAAUGAAUGUGGAACACAUGCAGUAAACGUGCAGUAAAAAUGUCAUUAACCUGUUCAGGGAUGUAAAGUCAUUGUCAUAAUGUGAUGCGGUUGUCUUCUCUCAUAAAAUUGAAGUGAAUCGAUAUUGUUUCCUCUUGAAAAUCAUACUCUGGCACAUGAAGUGGAUUUUUACAGUAAGUUUUGUAUUUAACUAGGAAGUGAAAGUCUUGGGCUGUUUUGCGACAGUCGGCCCUGCUGUAGCGUGUUUUUGAUGGCAGGAGAAAUGGGAUUGGCUGGAGAAACCUGAGAAAGCACGAGGAGAACAUCUAAACCACACACAGAGGAGCCCUGCUGCUUAAACCCAGGAUGCUUUUGCUGUGAGGCAGUGCUGACUACUGAGGCACAAGUCUUUUUGAACUGAAUGCACUAAUACUUGUUGCAGUGGAAUUAUACCACAGACAGUCGUCCAAAAUAAGAGAGUUUGUUAUACUUACACUAUAAUUUAUAGCUGGUUCUUUAGCUGAGGCCUGUGUGUUUGUGUAAAUCGGCUCAAGCAUGCACAGUGUGUUGUAUUGUGGCCCUUUUCAACGUCAGUGUUUUAUGGACUCAAACUUGAAUAAUAUUGAGUCGUCCAUGUGUACAAAUGCAGUACAAAAUGAAAAUGAUCUAGAUUCUCCUUGGUUUUAUUCAAACAAAUCUCUGAAAAGUUUUCCUUGUAACUCUUGUCAAUAAACAUCCACAAAACCUCUCA